UAUUAUCCAUGUAAAUGCAAACCGGAUUACAUUGCUUUGAUAGUUAAAAGCGGUCAGUGAACUAAAAACCUACUAGAGUGUAAUAAAACAAGAACACAAAAGCAGCAAUGUACCAUUGAGCAAUAAACUGUGCGAAUUGCUAUAAUUAACCAAAAUCAGUGAGCUUUGCUCUAGUUCAGCAUAGAUGAGCGGUCUACAAGGCGCUGUUUAUAUUUUGGGAUUCGUAUUCGCUAUAUUUAUCGAAAAUUGAGUAAUCGUAAACACUAUAUCUACAACCCUAGUAAAAUCAAAAAUUGCUUUCAAAACCAGAUCCUUUUCCUGCCAUUGAAUUUAAGGUAUCAAAACUCCAAAUAUGGUUCAAUACAGUGUUGCUCAGCGAAAAAAUGUGCGCAUAUUGUUAGUUGGCGAUCCGGGAGUGGGUAAAACCUCACUCAUACUCUCGCUUGUGAGCGAAGAAUUUCCCGAGGAUGUUCCCCCAAAAGCUGAAGAGAUAACAAUACCCGCUAAUGUAACACCCGAACAGGUGCCAACAAACAUUGUCGACUACUCAAGCACAGAACAAACUGAUGAAACACUGAACGAAGAGAUUCUCAAGGCGCAUGUUGUAUGCAUUGUAUAUAGCGUGGAAGAUGACGAUUCGCUAGAUCGUAUAACUUCGCAUUGGCUGCCUUUGGUUCGUAAUGCAAUUGGGCCAGACCAGCAGCGUAAGCCCAUUGUGUUGGUAGGCAACAAAGUCGAUCUGAUAGAAUACUCAACCAUUGAUAGUGUAUUGACAAUAAUGGAAGACUUUCCAGAAGUAGAGAGCUGUGUAGAAUGCUCCGCCAAAACGCUACACAACAUUUCCGAAAUGUUCUACUAUGCACAAAAGGCUGUUUUACAUCCGACAUCGCCGCUGUACAUAAUGGAGGAGCAAGAUCUCACUCCAGCAUGCAAAAAAUCACUUGUUCGCAUAUUCAAGAUUUGCGACAUCGAUGGUGAUAAUUUGCUGAACGACUACGAAUUGAAUCUUUUUCAACGUCGCUGUUUCAACACUCCCCUACAACCACAAAUACUGGACGAAGUGAAAGCUGUUAUACAGAAGAAUAUUCCAGACGGUAUCAUCCAUGAUGCUGUUACAUUAAAGGGUUUUCUCUUCCUGCAUUGCUUGUUUAUACAGCGUGGACGCAAUGAAACAACUUGGGCAGUGUUGCGCCGUUUCGGCUACAACGAACAAUUGGAAAUGUGUAAGGAUUAUUUGCGUCCCACGUUGAAGAUACCACCCGGCAGCAGCACAGAACUAUCACAUCGCGGCCAACAGUUCCUCAUAGCCCUGUUCGAACGAUACGACAAAGAUGGCGAUGGCGCACUAUCCCCGGAGGAGCACAAAAUGAUUUUUAGCACUUGUCCAUCGGCGCCCUGGUCUUAUUCGACAGAUAUACGUAAGUCGUGCCCGACCAACGAUCAAGGUUGGGUUACGCUACACGGCUGGCUAUGUCGCUGGACGCUAAUGGCGCUUAUCGAUGUUUCAAAAACAUUGGAGUACUUAGCAUAUUUGGGUUUCAAUGUACACGAGAACGAUAGUCAAUUGGCGGCGAUACAUGUGACCCGCGAACGACGCAUUGACUUGGCAAAACGACAGAGUAGUCGUUCGGUUUACAUGUGUCAUGUAAUUGGACCGAAAGGCGCGGGUAAAACUGGCUUGUGCCGUGGAUUUCUGGUGGAUGACAUGAAGAGUCUGAUUGGGAAGGAAUUCAAAACUAAUGUAGUGCAUUGCGUUAACACAGUGCAGGUUUAUGGUCAAGAGAAGCAUCUUAUUUUGCGUGAUAUCGAUGUCAAGCACGCCUUAGACCCACUGCAACCACAAGAGGUGAACUGUGAUGUUGCCUGUCUUGUUUACGAUUCAUCAAAUCCGCGUUCAUUCGAAUACAUUGCACGCAUUUACAUCAAAUAUUAUGCAGAGAGUAAAAUACCAGUGAUGAUUGUAGGCACCAAAGGUGAUUUAGAUGAACGGCGACAAGAUUAUUUGCUACAACCAGCAGAGUUUUGUACUAAAUACAAACUAUUGCCACCACACCUGUUCAGCUUGAAGAGCAAUAAAAAGGAGGUCUACACCAAAUUGGCAACCAUGGCGGCUUUUCCGCGUUUUCAGGCCGCAUGGAUACUCUUUUACAAGCACAGGUUGGUACAGCUGUGGGAAUCAGCUCAUCUGCGACAGUUUGGCUUAAUGACUGAGGAUCCAACACUUUGGUGGAAAGCUGGAUUGGGUGUCGCUGCGGCUACAGUGCUGGGCUUUGUUGUACUCAAAGCGCUGCACAGUGCCGGCUCACAUGUACGUUACUAAAACUAAUGAAGAUCAAUCGGAGGGACAAACCGCAGUGGCGGGACUUAACUUGACACACACACGGGCGUGUAAGCAGCGAUUGAAGAAUGCGCAUCAAUUCCAGUGGAUAUAUGCAAAAAAAUAUGAUAUACCGUUAAGAUUCUACGAAAAUUUCGCGCAAUUCUUUAAAACCUACUGCUUAUAAAACCUUUUUUAUUUUUCAACUCAAUUUACGGAAGUCAUACUAUGUGGUGAAAAUUAUUGAAUUAAAAAAAAA